AUGCUUAACGUGAUUUGCGGAGGGCGCCGAAAGUUGGAUGAUAUUUUGCUACACCCUACCGAAGGAUUAAUCUUUGUCCAAGCAAGUCACAGGCGAUCGUCGAUUGCAAUCGAGGUGAGCUUCUUCUUCUCGGCUCUCUACAUAUCUACCUCUCUUCACUCUCAUGGACUCUCUCUCAGUACGAGCAAAGAAUUGGUCCAAAACCACCUCCAUUCCUGCAUUUCAGGUUCACCCACAAACUCUAAUUCCGAGUCCAAUGACAAUCCUAAAGCUGCCGAUUUCUGGGUUCGCCGCGAACAGAAUUACGAUCAUUUAAAUUUACACUGCUCCAAUGCCAGCAUCAACAACAACAACAAUAGCAACAAUAAUCAUAGAGAAUUGAAAGUUUUUGUUCGUUCUUUGUCUCUUGUUCAGUCAAAUGGUCCUAUUGAAAUUCCUCAUUUGGGUGGUGUUUCUACCCUUGUCCAAAGAUGGAGAGGUUUUGAGGCUGAGGCAAAGAGCUUGAAUUCAAACAACUCACCUAUUUGCAACAGCAAAAGCUAUUCUGGGUCGACUUUUACAGAAAAUAAUGCUUCAUCAUCAUUUGUUGAAGUGCCACAAAGAAACUCUGAUGCCUGUGAGUUUGUUGAUGGAAGGUAUGAAACUCCAACAUUGAAUGAGGACUCAUUUGCUGAUUGGGAAUCUGAUAGGGCAGCUAUGAGCGGUCCACCUUCUUGA